CACGCAGAAAACGGAAAUGGAAAGCGAAACACCAGCAAACAGCGGGUGACGAUACACGAAGCUAAGUGGCUAACAGUUCAAAGGCGAAAAUUUGUUUUCCUUUGGCGUUUCAGUCACAGGUUCAGACACAAGCAGUGGUCGAGGCAAAACAAAACCUCCAUUAUACCGUUUCGAAAAAGCAUUCCUUGUCGUUGUAGGAGAUGGCAGCCGAUUGGUUGGGUAGUUUGGUGUCCAUCAACUGCGGUCCGACGCUGGGAGUGUACCAGGGAGAGGUGUCCUCCGUGGACCAGACGAGCCAGACCAUCUCCCUGAGACAACCCUUCCACAAUGGGGUCAAGUGUUCCGUCCCCGAGGUCACUUUUAGUGCGAUGGACAUCAAGGAGCUCAAGAUUUUGGACAUUAGUAAUGGCUGUGCGGUGAACAGCGCCUCUGUGUCCAGCAAGACUAGCAGUGCACCGGUCGCCGUGCCAAAGGCUGACCCCAGGGCUCAGGGGAGACUCAACUCUCCCCAGCACUGCUCCAAAAGUUACGGUGAGCGACAUCUGGAUGUGCCUGGCCAACCCAAGGCUUUCCGUCGACGACACAACUCAUGGUCUUCAAGUAGUCGAGGGGCGAACCAGCCGACCCCCAAGAAGAACGGGGUGAAGAACGGGGGCGGUCCCAUGAAGCAGCGGGACGACGAGUGCUUCGGGGACGCCAUAGACGACGGCCUGGACACGGACUUCGACUUCGAGGGCAACCUGGCGCUCUUCGACAAGGCCGCCGUCUUCUCGGAGAUCGAGGGCUCGGAUCGCCGCGGCAACGGCACCAGGUCGCGUGGCACGCCCCAGGAGCAGACGCCCACGCGCUACCGCCACGAUGAGAACAUCCUGGAGAACAAGCCCGUCGUGUACAGGCAGAUCAAGGUGCCGCAGGCCGGAGCCAAAGAGUACUGCACCGACUCGGGGCUGGUGGUGCCCAGCGUGUCCUACGAGCUCCACAAGCGGCUGGUGGCGGCCGCGGAGCGCCACGGCCUCUCGCUGGAGCGGCGGCUGGAGAUGACGGGCGUGUGCGCCAGUCAGAUGGCGUUGACGUUGCUGGGUGGGCCCAACAGGCUCACGCCCAAGAAUGUGCACCAGCGCCCCACGGUGGCCCUGCUGUGCGGCCCGCACGUCCAGGGGGCGCAGGGCAUCAGCUGUGGGCGGCACCUGGCCAACCACGAGGUCGAGGUCAUCCUGUUCCUGCCCAACUUUGUGAAGAUGCUGGACCCGGUCACCACAGAGCUCGCAAUCUACAGCCGGACCGGGGGGAAACAAGUGUCGAGUAUUAAAGACCUGCCCGACUCCCCCGUGGACCUCAUCAUCAACUGUCUGGACUGCCAUGAAAACACAUUCCUGAUGGACCAGCCCUGGUACCGAGCAGCCGCCGACUGGGCCAACCAGAACCGAGCGCCGGUGCUCAGCAUAGACCCUCCGGUCAGCGGACAGGGGCUGGCCGUGGAGGCCAAGUGGUCCCUGUCCCUGUGCCUGCCGCUGGCCCUGGCCGAGGGAGCCGGCAGGGUGUACCUCUGUGACAUCGGGGUGCCCUGCCACGUGUUCCAGGAGGUGGGCAUCAAGUACCAUUCUCCCUUCGGCUGUAAAUUUGUCAUCCCUCUGCACUCUGCGUAGCGGCUCUCCCGAUUGGCUACGAGCCGAUAUCUUCUCACCACCGUUGGCCGUUUGGGUAUUUCAAGCCUUAAAUUCCAUAGGGUGUACUAGUAGUGGUUACUAACAUUCAACCAAGUUACUCAAGCAUUGUUGCAUUGCUCAAGUGCGCUCGUACUAAAUGGCCAUUGUCUGCUCCCCGUCUGUUUACGAAGGGCUAUGGUAUUAAUCCUUGGUUAUUUGUUCAGUUGUUGAUCGAUGGACAAAUGUGUUCCUGGGUAACACGUAAGCCACGUUUAAGUUGCUCAUUACGACUACAGUAGCUGUGUAGCGUCCCAUGUUAUGAGCAUAUUUUCGAUGUUGGAAAAGAAGGGCCAUUGACAGUCUAACAACUAUUGAAUCUGUUUGAAAAAGGUUUAAGUGCGGUGGUUAUAACGGCACAUUAAGCUGUUAUUAGUUUAAGCUUUUGCCAUUGAGGAAAUUGCUAUUCAAUCUCUGCCAUGUGCAAUCGUCGGGCUGUGAGGUUGUAUUUCUGAACACAUUGGUUUUAGGAUAAGCUGGUUGAAAUCAUUAAUUCAAAAACAAUGUUUUCUUGUGUCCCUCAUUUUUUUGUACACCUGGUCCAUGUUUUCAGCCAAUUCAAUUUUUGUUUCAUAUUACAGAAUGUAUUAGAUACAAAAAAAAGCAUUGACAUCUAUGACCUGUUUCUAAAAACAAGAUCUAUUUUCUAUCAGGCAGCUAGUAUCGCGUUAAAGCGCUUUCCACAGGUAUACGGACACAUGCUAUUGGUGGGUCUCCAGGUCACUUGUUACCUGAAAACUAUGUCCAAUGUUUUUGACUAAAAACUAAAAAAAACAAGAUAGAAAUAAUUUAGUUAAGUGGUGCCGUCAGGAUUAAAGCCACUUAAGAACCUUUUUCAGCUUUUGGAAUAUUGAAAUGUGAAGAAUGUGAAGUAAGAUGGACUCUUAUCUCUGUGGCAUUGCCAUUAAAUAAAGUAUGUCUUCAUCUUAAA